GGAUAAUGACAAGUGGAAGGCUAUUUUUUCACUAGUUUGAGAGAUAAGGUGGACUACUAAAGGCGCUCGUGGUGAGGUAGGAGGGCAGUCUUUGGAAGGUCGCCCCUCACACCAUGACAAACCUGGCUUUCCUCCUUCCCCUCCUGGCCCUCGGUGGACAGGCGGCGGCUGCUGUGGCGGGACCCAGGAGUGUUGUGGAGACGCUGCACUUGGACAACGGGCUGAACAAGGGCGAGUGGGGGCCCAUUGCUAUCUGUUCCCCGAAUACCUACGUCUUUGCCUUCGAGAUCAAAUACUCUGGCUUGGGUUACGUAGACGAUACGAGUGUGAACGCCAUCAAAUUGUACUGCCAGACGUCCGAAGGUUCCCUCACUGAUCUCAUCACCAGCUCUGAGGGGACGUAUGGACAGUGGCGGGGCAUGAGGCCGUGUGGUGCUGGUGAGUUCUUGACGGGCGUGCGGGGUAACGUGGUGCCUGACAUGGGGCCUCUGGGUGACGACCUGGGCGUGGACAACCUACAGAUGAGGUGUUCGGGUGGUGAGGUUCUCGAUGGCCUGCACGGGACACCACAGAAGAUUGGACAGAGCUCCGUAGUGGCGCGUGAGAUUACUGAGGUGGGAGGCAGGGAGAUGGAGGCCGUGCACCUGAAGAUCCCGAGGGCAGGUGAGCAAACAGCCCACGCGAGGGACUACGGCGAUUGGGGGACGUGGCAGGCGUGUUCUGUGGGCAACAAGAUCUGUGGGCUGCAGGUGCGACUCCAGAACAACCACCCGCUGGAAGACGACGCGGGAGUGACUGAUGUGAACAUGUUCUGCUGCAGUUAGUGACUGGAUGAGGGAGAGAGGAGAGGAAAGGACGAGAGAGGACAUUCACCCUCUUGUACUCCAGAUGAAAGGAAGAAUUACAAGACAACGAUGCUAUAUUGAAGUUUAAGACCACACCUUUUACCGAAAAAUGUCAUUAUAGAAAAUUGAUUAAAGGUGCGAAUAUCUUUAAACCUCACCUGUUAUAGAUAUGAAAGAUUAUUUAUUUCUUUUGUCAAUGAUGCCAAUAAAAUAGAUGAAGAAGACAAGGAGGAUGUCAUAAUUAUAGAAGACUGAUUUUUGGUCAGUAAGGUCAGUAAAGGUGGGAGUAUCUUAAAGUCACACCUGCUGUUGAUAUGAACGAUUAGUUUUGUUAGUGGUGCUAGUAAAUGUGUGAAGACAAGGAAGCCACGUUGAAGCAUUUGACAAGGAAGCCACGUUGAAGCAUUUGACUUUUUAUAGAGACGAAUGAUUUGUAUUGUCUAUGAUGCCAAUAAAGGUGUGAAUAUC